AUGGUCUACGGCGUCUGGGCGGACAUACACGACCGCGAGAAAACUCGACUCUACGUGGGCAACAAGGGUCCGCGCAGAGAACGCGAGGUCCUUGUCGUGCGUGACCUGCGCACGUACUGCGUAGACACCCGGGCCAAGGAAGAGGAAGAGCAGAGCAACGUGGUUGCUGUGGAGGACUCGCCCGAGAAGGCCAGCAGCUCCAAGACCAAACAACAGGAGCCUGGCCUGAAAGAGACGCAGGAGGCGAGCCAGGCGGACAGCCUCACGAGGGAGUUGACGGACUUAGUGGCUGAAGCCCAAAGAGCUCAAGGUGAUGCCGAAGUGGCGUGGGAGAAGGACUUGACUACUUGCAUGGACACUAGCUACGAGCAGUGUGCUCUGGAAGAAAGCCUGCAGAUGGCAAACAAGAAACAGAAGAAGAACGCUUGGAGUGCAAAGGCAAAGUCAUGCCCAGCAGACAGCCGCCGAGGACAGAAGAACAAGAAAGACGUGUCUGAGGAAGAAGCGCAAGCUGGGAAGAAGGCACGACCAGCUGUGUCGUAA